AUGUCACCUCGAGACGAUUCCAGCGGACGUCCACAAAACAGCAGCAGGGUAAAUGUCACCACUUUGGGACCGGGAACAGAUUAUACACCGAAACCUCCAGAAGAAAUGACAACAAGGUGUCGGGAAAGAUUCAGGAAAGGAAGUCUGACGACUGUCAAUAUAAAGAAGUGUGUGGUGGCGGCAUGUCUGGUCUCCCUGAUGUUCAUAGUCAUGUCGUUCCUGGUGGGUCUGGGUGUCCUGUUUGUGGAGAUCCUCGACACCUUCCAGUCCUCAAGAGCCAUGGCGUCCCUCCUCCAGUCUGUGUGCACAGGACUUGUGUUUGGAACAGGUAUGUUUGCCACAAUCGUCAUCAAGAAAGUUGGAGAGGGACAUGUGACCACUGUUGGUGGUCUGUUAGCGGGAAUUGGGUGUGUGGGAAGCGCCUUCGCCCCUUCCCUGCCGGUACUCAUCUUUACUGUAGGAGUAGUUACAGGAUGUGGUCUGUGCACGUUUACUGUGGUCCCCUACACAGUAACAGGACUGAUGUUCAACAAAAGACGGAAUCAGGUGUUCAUUGUUGUCAGUAUUGGUCCCGGACUUGGAGGCCUCAUCUCGCCAUUCCUCAACACAGCUCUCAUCGAUGUGUUCGGCUGGAGGGGCACCUUCCUCGUCCUGGCUGGCCUCAUGUUCCAAGCGUGUCCCAUUGGAAUGCUUCUGACCGUGCUCAGCAAGGACAUCCAGAGGGACAAGGAACUCAAGGCAAAAAGCAACAUAGUAUACAAUGACAUAAGAGAAGAUAGCAUGGUUGUCACUAAUUUACAAGAGCCAUCUCAGAUGGAGAACAGUUCCGUAGCAUAUGACAAUGUGACUUUUGUAGAUGAGUAUGGAAAAGACAACAACAGAAGAGAAGAACACAAUGGUGAAAUAUCGAUUAGUUUACAGAUGACCGAUACUGAAGAAUCCAAACAGGACACCAAUGUUUCUGAAAUGAAAGACACAAAACAAAAGAAGGAGUCUUUCGUGGAAACCCUGAAUUUAGGGUUAUUUAAAGACUUUGCGUUUAUUGUUUUAGGAAUAUGCCUAUUUAUUCUAAUGAGUCUUCUGCCAUCGAUAAACUUUUUCUUUGUGGACAUGACUAUUUCUAAAGGAUUUGAUGCCAAACUUGGAUCCUAUCUUCUUUCCCUUAUUGGACUGUCCAACUUGGGAGGACGCUUUCUCUACCUCUUCGUGAGACCUGUGGUGAAGGUGUCCCAGGUGACUGUGUUUGCUACUAUGUGCAUGGUGCUCGCAGGAAGUCUGCUGCCCCUAGUGUUGGCAAACACAUACCCAAGCCUAGUCACCGCUGUCGUGUGUUACGGCAUCCCCCUUGGGUCGUGUUCAGUAGCCUACCCAACACUCAUGUACGAAAUAGCAGGACCCAAACGCUACGCAUCAGCUGUGGGCUAUUGUGAAACGAUUUGCGGUUUGGGAGCAUUCUUAGGUGGCCCUAUUGCAGGAAUAGUGUUGUGCGACAUCACCUACAUAGGACAGACGCCGGGGUCAACUUGCUUUGGGACCAGUCCUGAUACCCUCGCACAAAGGACCGAUAUUCUUAUUCCAUCAGAAAACCAUCAGAGUUGUCCCCAGGCAGCUACAAGUCACGGCACAUACCGCAUUGAACAUAUGUGGGUAGGACUUGAUGGUGCCAAGGGAGCCGAGCCAAACCACCUGAACCAGUUUUACAGCUUGCAUGGCUGCAGACCACAAGGGCUGCCUUGA